AUGGACAGGUACACUCCAGCGACUUUGGAUGAGUACAAGCAACGCUUCGGCAGCAAGGCCGACUAUGCGGAGCUGGGGCGUUUGGGCCCCGACUUGGACGAUGAAGACCUGCUGAUGAAACGAGCAAUUCAAGAAAAGGUGAAAGAGUUCAGCCGUGAGCUCCACAGGGUCAACAAACACCGGGCAGGAAAGGCACAGUCGUGGGCCCAGCCAUGGAUGCAGCCUCAGCCUCAGAGGCUGAGGCAAAACGACAGAGUUCUGGUACGAACAUCUGGCCAAAUGUGUAGGUACUUGAUGUUAGCGCAGCUAAAGUUGGAGGCAUACAUUGUAUAA